AAUCAGAAUCCCGGCCAAACAAUUCGUCGCUGGAUUAUUUACUUACAACGAUGAUUUCAACAAGUUCAAGACACAUCUCCGAGACUUCUUGAUUUCUCUGAAAGAAAAUCCGGGUGACAAUGCCGAACUAUAUGCAGAUGAAAGGGAACAGGAAGCGCGAGACGCCAAGGCCGCCGAACGGGACCGUGCAUUGAAAGUUGGAGGGUUGUUGAAGCCGUCUGAAAUGGACCAGGACGAAGAGAUCUGACUGGAAAAAGAACUGCGCGCCGAGGUCUCUGUGUCCUCGAAGGCUGGGAGAGACUCAGAAUCACGCGGUGACAUGUUUGAUGGCUGGUCGUAUUAUGGUUUCUGAUUUCGACCAAAAGCCCAAGGCUCAUACCCAACCAAGACUAAUUCGCUUGUGGGCAAAGUCAUCUUCCCACGAACUCCUACUUCCUCUUCUUCAUGCUCUACGGCGAAUGACUUCUAAUCCAUCUCAUCUCGAGGCUCCCUUGGUGUGGUUGACAUUAGCAAUUUAUCAGUUCUUGUACACAUUUGUUCCGUUCAAGCGGGAGCCCAGACGAAUAUUAUUUCUUGUUAGUGGCUCAAAAGAGGGAGAUUCUUUCCGUGGGUGUAUUUCUAUUCCCAUAGAGGUGCCUUGUCUUCAUGGAUAUUAUAGUACUAUGAUGUGUCUGCAGAGAGAGAAUGCAACAAGAGUCGCAAGUUUGUCAUCUCUCCCAGCAAUCUGGUCUGAGAUUUGUAUUGCAAGGAGGAUGCAUCCGAGUUAAACUUGGUAAAAUAGUGUUGACCACAACCAAUUCGGCAUGGCACGUGAGGCAUGACUAAAUAUUGAAUCAAGGUAGCAGGCAGGCAGGCAAGUUGGCAGCCCGCUG